AUGGCAUCAUAUCAUAUCAUUUGCUUAUAUCUCUGCAUUAUCAAGCUCUCAUCAUGUGCUGAUGUUUGUCUCAUGCAUGUCUUUCAAUUUGUCAUAUCUGUAGGAGUGUAUAUCACACAUGAAAAAGUUGCAGCAUGCCCACGACACAAAAUCAACCAUAAAAAAAGGUCAGAUUCUUGUGAUAGCCUGAGAAUCUUAUACCACUGUUCUUGUGUAACCACCAGAGAUUUAUAUAUGCGAUAA